AUGGUGUUUGACUUGCGUCCUGGAUCUCAGGCCAAGUCCAAGUCUCGGGCCAAGUCCAAGGCCAAGUCCAAGGCCAAGUCCAAGGCCAAGUCCAAGGCCAAGUCCAAGGCCAAGGCCAAGACCGAUGGCGAGAUACAGACUCACUCAAAGUCGAGUGGCAAGUCUGCGCUGACACCCAUGCUAGCUGCCAGAGCUACCAAAGCCCCCGACCAGCAGACGGCGGCGGAAGAGGCAGAGUCGCUGGUCAACCUCGAAUCAGCGGACAAUGCGGCGCCCGCUGACGCCGCCGUCUCGAUCAGCAAUCUCGUGCACGUCGUUGCUGUCGUCGGUGCCAUCACUGGCACUGUCCAGAGUUGGGCCGGCGCCGACUGA